UCGACUAUUGCUCGUUCCCAUUGGACAACGCGCUGAACAUAUUUUAUCCUGUCGUAAAAUGCUGAAUCUCGCGGGUGUUUAAUAGAAAUUAAUUUCUAACAAGGUUCUUUUACGAAAAUUACUUUAAUACCGAGUAAAUUAAUAAUCAUGACUAUCAUGACAUUUCUAAGCCGUAAUAUUCACUUAUCUCGGUUGUCAGCGCUGCAUCCAUGUAUUUACGGACAAAAUGUGCGAUUUUGGUCGUCGCACGCCAAAUUUGCCGAGCAUAAACCGUUAGAGAAGGUUAGGAAUAUUGGUAUAUCAGCUCACAUAGAUUCUGGAAAGACUACCUUGACAGAACGUAUUUUAUAUUACACUGGUAGAAUAUCCAAAAUGCACGAAGUAAGAGGAAAAGAUAAUGUUGGUGCAACAAUGGAUAGCAUGGAGUUGGAGAGGCAAAGAGGAAUAACUAUCCAAUCAGCUGCAACAUAUACGUUAUGGAAAGAUCAUAAUAUUAACAUUAUUGAUACACCGGGACAUGUAGACUUUACAGUAGAAGUUGAAAGAGCUCUACGUGUCUUAGAUGGUGCUAUACUUGUCCUGUGCGCUGUGGGUGGUGUCCAAUCACAGACAUUGACCGUAAACCGACAAAUGAGAAGGUACAAUAUACCUUGUCUGGCAUUUAUCAAUAAAUUAGACAGGAUGGGUGCAAGUCCAAAAAGGGUCUUAGAACAAAUGAGAAAAAAACUACAUCAUAAUGCCGCAUUUAUACAGUUACCAAUUGGUCUGGAAGGUAACACAAAGGGAUUGGUUGAUCUAGUUCGCCAAAAAGCAAUUUACUUUGAGGGAAAUUUUGGAGAGAUUGUCAGGGAAGAUGAAAUCCCGAAAGACAUGAAUGCCGAGGUGAAUGAGAAGAGACAAGAAUUGAUCGAACAUUUAAGCAAUGUGGACGACGUACUCGGUGAUUUGUAUUUAAAUGAAACGAAAUUAACUGAAAGAAAUAUUAUGGAUGCCAUACGUAGGGCAUGUUUGAAAAGAACAUUUACACCCGUACUAGUUGGCACCGCGCUUAAGAACAAGGGUGUUCAGCCAUUACUGGAUGCGGUACUAGACUAUUUACCGAACCCGGGUGAAGUAGAGAAUUAUGCUUUUAAGAUAAAAUCAGAGAGCGAAAUCGAUAAAAUUGCCAUGAAUCCUGCUCGAAAUGAUGAGAAACCUUUCGUCGGACUGGCAUUCAAAUUGGAGGCUGGGAGAUUUGGUCAACUGACGUAUUUCCGUUGUUACCAAGGAAUGCUGAGCAAAUCUGAUACCUUGUGCAAUACAAGGACAAAAAGGAAGAUGCGGGCGCAAAAGUUAGUUCGACUUCAUUCAAAUCAAAUGGAAGACGUGACAGAGGUUUAUGCUGGAGAUAUCUUCGCCUUAUUCGGUGUAGAAUGUGCGUCCGGUGAUACCUUUGUAAAAGAUUCGAAAUUAAAUUUGUCGAUGGAAUCGAUCUACAUUCCUGAUCCCGUGGUGUCUAUGUCCAUUCAACCAAAGAACUCAAAAGAUCGAGACAAUUUUGCCAAAGCUAUGAAUCGAUUCACCAGGGAGGAUCCAACAUUGCGUAUGAACUACGAUGUGGAUAAUAAGGAAAGCAUAAUUUCCGGAAUGGGAGAACUACAUUUGGAGAUCUACGCGCAAAGAUUGGAGCGCGAAUAUAAUUGCCCGAUCAUUCUUGGAAAACCGAAGGUUUCCUUCCGCGAGACUCUAGUCGAGCCGCACGAGUUUGAUUAUCUGCAUAAAAAGCAGUCGGGCGGUGCCGGCCAAUAUGCUCGGGUGAUCGGAAUUAUGGAGCCGUUGCCACCUGAGAAAAACACGCAGAUCGAAUUUUCGAACGAAACCGUAGGCACCAACGUUCCGCGACAAUUCAUGCCAGGCGUGGAGAAAGGUUUCAAAGCUAUGUGCGAGAAGGGCAUGCUCUCUGGCCACAAGAUUGCCGGUGUCAAAUUCAGAAUAUUCGACGGUAUGCAUCAUUGCGUCGAUUCCUCGGAGCUCGCCUUCUUCCUAGCCACGCAAGGUGCUGUUAGAGAUGUGUUUGAGACCGGUAACUGGCGGAUUCUCGAGCCGGUCAUGUUGGUAGAAGUAACGGCUCCAAUCGAGUAUCAGGGUCAGAUAAUAGCACAGCUCAGUAAACGAAAAGGCAUCAUAAACUCAACGGAGAUGAACGACGAUUGGUGCGCGGUCAUUGCGGAGGUGCCACUCAACGACAUGUUUGGUUACAUCGGCGAACUGAGAUCCACCACUCAAGGUAAAGGAGAAUUCACCAUGGAAUAUGCGAGAUACAGCCCCUGCUUAUCGGAAGUGCAGGAACAGCUCAUCAGACAGUAUCAGGAGUCGCAGGGGAUAGUAGUGGACGAGAAAACGCAGAAGUCGAAAAAUUGAUUGUAGGAUAUGAAAUUUAGUGAAAAUUGCGCGACAUUAUCACGAAUAAUGAAGAUAUUACCGUGUGGUAACAUCAUUUACUACAUUUUCUUCAAUAUAUGUGGCGGAAACCGAUAAGUUAUUGAUAUGUAAGUGAAACGAAUUAAAAUACAUACGUAGAUUCGUACACUUAAAAAAUGUGAUAAUACGGAUUGUCGCAGCAGAUUGUGCAUAUAUUAUAAUCCAUGUCUCGCAGUCAAUAUGUAUAAUUUGCCAGAUAAAUAUAAAAAAUACAAUUUCUAUCUUCAAA